AUGGCGUCUGCUCCCUACACCGCCGAACCGGGCAAUUGGUUCCUUCGCGGAGUCCAGUCUGCAGUCUUCUACUAUGUUUCUUGCUCUCCCUGUCUCGGCUAUAGACACCGGCGGAAAAGGAGGAGGGAGGCGAAAGAGCAAGCACAAGCAAAAGCAGAAAUUGUCGUCACUCAACCAGGCAUUGUCACGCAGCCUGGGCCGUUCCAGACAAAUGAGGCGUGGGCAGAAGAAUUAAUGCUUGGGCCCGGACCACCAAAGGGCUGGAAGAAAGACACGCUGCUGCAGAAGCUGCAAAAGAAAGUGUACACAGAGACGCCCAGCUCGGAUGCUGCUCCCUCGUCUCCUGAAACACCGGAAUCGAGCCCUCAGCCGGCAAAGUCGGUUGCAAGACCAUCAGCUCAGCUCACAGACUCGCCUCCUGAGUCGUCAACAAGGACAUCUUCUGUGGAUGAGGUCGAGGAUGUGGACUCAAGCUGUGCCAAGUCUGCUUCAUUUCAGGAGAGACCACCACGAGAAAGAAGGCUGUCUAGUGCAAUGGAGAACCUAAAAGACUCGCUCCGCACGACACUCCAUCCACCAAAAUGGAAUUGGAAGAGAUAUGACCGAGAGGAUGAGAUUUUAGCUGGGUUUACAGAGAGAGUGACGAGAAUGUGGAAUCGGGCGACUUCGGGAAUGCACCACGAGGAUCUCGAGGAGCAAGAAGAGGUGGGAGACCCUUCGGCGUAUCGACGGAAGCGUGCGCCCACAAUUGAGAGUGAACGAUAUGACUACAAUCGAGUAAGGCAUCCCGAAGUGAAUGACCUACAUCCUCCAGUUGUAUCUCAGCUACCUGCUACGAGAGCCGAAGCUGCCUGGAUGCUGCUUCCGCCUCCCAGUGCUGCCGUCAUGGAAGCCCGCAGAAGGCCUGCCGCGGAACCUGAAAUGCGCUUUCCAUUAUGCGUCAUUGGCAGGCCGCAAAGACAGACGGAAAUAGCCAAAACGCUGUCCUCCGAACAAGUCAACACCCAGGACCUGGUUCACUCUAGUGAUGCUGAAGAUGAAGAUGACGGCCUCAGCAUCAGUGAGGCACAGAGUAUCGACCAAAGCACACACAAUCCCAAGAUGGAAAGGGAAAACAACAGUCCAGCUCGGAUCAAGCAUUUGUCGGAUCCAAUUGUCAGACCGCCACCAGUUGUUCAUCCGGUAUCACGGAUUGCAGGAGACUUAUUCGUCCCGAAGAGAAGAGAUUCAUGGCGGUUUCAUUAUGUUGUCCCAUCGAACCAGCCGAUAGAAUGGUGA